UGAUUUGAGCUGGGAGGUAGCGUCGGGACUGCGGAGAAGCUUCUUCAAAAACUAGGGAGACGAAAAGACUUUGACGCACUGUCUGCAAAAACAGGGGGAUCUGGCACAAUGGGUUAUUCAUCCAUUCUUUUGAAAUUGCUGGUUCUGGGUCUUAUCUGCUCUGGGUGCUCUGGAUGUAGUGAAACUCAGUAUCACGCUGCGGAUGGAGCCUGUAAAGAAUGUAAAAGGUGUCCAAAAGGGCAGGAACUCAGCGAGGAGUGUGGCUUUGGCUUCGGAGCAGAGGCCUACUGUGUGGAGUGUAAAGAAGGCUGGUUUAGCAUGGAACAUGGCUCGGAUCCAUGUCGUCGCUGUACACAGUGUUCAGUAGAGAAUCGGGAGGAAAUUGCACCUUGUAAGCCUAUUUCCAACUCCAAAUGUGGCAGAUGCAAAAAAGGUUUUUACGAAGUGAAACGUUCAGAUGGGGAUACCGAGAAGGUUUGCUUCCCCUGCCAAACUGACAGUAGCUACGAGUGUCAAGGUGGUAGAAUUCCAUCAGAUCUCAGAACGUCAACCACAACAGCGCAGAUCCAAGAAAACCUUUCAUCAGAAUCCAGUCGAAUACCAGCUCCACCCAUCUUCAUGAUUGCUGUUGGCUCAGUGUUAUUUACAUUCAUAGUGUUGCUGCUGAUCUCAGCCAUUACCUUCAUCAUGAGAAGGAUCAUUUCAAAUCCUAAAAUUCCUUCUGCUCUGAAGGACACACCUGAAGGUUGCCUUGAAAAACUCACACAAGACCCCAAACAGAAGCUGAUGGCUAAGAAAGACUUGUUCAAAGAGCAAAAAUUUAAAGACUCACCGACCUUAUUCAAGCUACAAAGCUCACCGAAUCUUGAAAAAGAACCUCAGCAUCAUGCAAUUGUAAUAAAUGUCACUACCAACGUUAAAUCACACAGUGAAGAGGAAGAUGAAAUGGAGGAGCUUCCAAAGGAUAAACAGCUAUCAAAAGAGGAGAUGAAGCAGAAACUGGAGGAGAUCAAUGGAUUAGCAAAAGGAAAAAAUCUUGAAAGCCUAGACUAUGACACCUUGCAAGAUAUCUCAUUAUUGGUCAACUCUGGGGGCCGAGGAACACUGAAGCGGCUUGGUCGGGCCCUGUGCAUCCAGAAAGAUAUCCUGAGCAACCUGAACACAUUUGAAGACCUCUUUGAAUAUCUGCGUACCUCGACCUACACCGAUCUGCCGGGGCUUGCUCUUGCAGCAGCAUGCAUCCACCGGUCAGACAUCGUGUCCAAACUACACAAGAGCCUUAUUGCAGGAUCAUAGCAGACCUUACUAAGGAUAUGUUAACUUCAGAUUUUUACAGAGAUAUUAACACCUAUCCAAUACAGCAGCAGGAGACAGCACCUGUUAGUCUGUGCCACCGGUGGGAAUGGCUGUAAGCUGCAACAGGUCAAUCCAGAGAAGCUCUUAUCAGACACGUUACCUCUCUCUGAGACUAAUAGCAGCUGGCUUAUUAUGAUAAGAACUGAGAUUUGUUUUUAGCUUAUAAGCAAUCAUACUAUUUUGUACUCUCUGCAUUAAUCCAAUUUUUAAGUAUGAAUUCCAUUCUUUUAUUAAAGAUAUUUAAAAGCAAAAUAAAUAUUUAUGUUAAA